AUGACUGCCUUCCUUCUCCUGACGGCGCUGGCCGUGGCGCCGAUGCUCUGCGCCUCCCAGGAUCCCGUCACCUGCAGCGUCGACCGCUUCCCUGACGCGGCGAAAAUGGCCGUGCGGCACAUCAACGAGCAGCAGGACCACGGCUACAAGUUCAGACUCAUGGAAACCAAGAGCAGCAGAAUGGAGCUGGCGGACGGCGGCUGCACCAUCCAGCUGCAGCUCGACCUCGGAGAGACGGAGUGUUCCUUUAUCAGCACCAAGCCGGCGGAGGACUGUGAAUACCGCGGAAAGGCCAGCUGGGCCGUGGCAGCCAACUGCACCGUUCUGCUGAGCGUCAAGGGAGCAGACGCCAAAGUCGCCAAGUAUGGCUGCAGCAUGCGCAAAGAACCGGCUUCCGCUGAGGAGAUGAUGCUGAUCUGCCCCGACUGCCCCAAACUGCUGUUGCUCAGUGACGAAGCGGGAAUCCGAGGCGUCCUGGCCGGCGUGUCGCAGUUCAACCAGAACACCUCCAACCAGCAUCUGUACGGGCUGCAGGACGUGGGCCGGAUCUCUCUUGGGUACGUGAUGACCAUGGGGAUGAUGUACUACUCGGAGUUCGUCCUGAAGGAGACCAACUGCCCAAGGGGGACCAGGAUUGUUCCGGAGGCCUGCGAUGCCCUCUGUACCGACAGAGCUCACCAUGCGUUCUGCCACCUGUCCUACGCCACCAGGGACAACCAAGUCCUCAGUCUGAGCUGUGAAGUCUUCCCCCCGAAGAACUUCACUCCCCUUGGUCCGGGAGAGCAGGAGCCCUCGUGCCCGAGUCCUCGACGCUCCGCUGGCUCCGGUUACGUGUUCGCCUGCCCGGGCGCCGAGCCCAACGCCGACCCCACCAUGCACCCAGUCUGCCCCUACCCGGUGCCCGAGGUCCUGCAGGUGCAGUCGUGA